GCGGGCGCGGGCCUGAGUACGUGUCUGAGAGGGAGGCGGCGGUGGCGGCGGGGCCGGUGCGGAGCAGCCGCGGGGAGCGGGAUCGGCUCCAGCACCAGUGCCGGAUCGGUUUUAAUUAGACUUCGGUCGGCCGGGGUUUUAUCGGGAGCGGAUUUUAAAAGCGCCUCUCGUCCCUCUCCCUCUGCGGACGGGGCACCAUGUCGGAAGCGGAGCAGCAGUUGGCGGCCGGCGCCACCCAGAACGGGCACGAAGCGGCCGAGAGCGCCGGGGAGCAGCAGGCCGAGACCGGCGGGGCUCCGGCGGCAGCGGGAGCGGCGGGAGCAGCGGCGGCAGCGGGAGCCGGCCCAGCGGCGGGAACAGCGGGCACGGCUGCCAGCCAGAACGGGGCCGAGGGCGACCAGAUCAACGCCAGCAAGAAUGAGGAGGACGCGGGGAAGAUGUUUGUUGGUGGUCUCAGUUGGGAUACAAGCAAAAAAGACUUAAAAGAUUACUUCACCAAAUUUGGUGAGGUAACCGACUGUACGAUAAAGAUGGAUCCUAACACAGGAAGAUCCAGAGGCUUUGGAUUUAUUCUCUUCAAAGAACCUGGGAGUGUUGAAAAGGUUCUUGAACAGAAGGAACACAGACUAGAUGGACGACUAAUUGAUCCCAAGAAGGCCAUGGCAAUGAAGAAGGAUCCAGUGAAGAAAAUAUUUGUUGGUGGACUAAACCCAGAGGCCACAGAAGAGAAAAUCAGGGAAUACUUUGGAGAAUUUGGAGAGAUUGAAGCAAUUGAACUGCCAAUGGAUCCAAAGACCAACAAAAGGAGGGGCUUUGUGUUCAUCACUUUCAAGGAGGAGGAUCCAGUGAAGAAAGUUUUGGAGAAGAAAUUCCACAAUGUCAGUGGAAGCAAGUGUGAGAUUAAGGUAGCACAGCCAAAAGAAGUGUACCAGCAGCAACAGUUCAGUAGUGGUGGAGGAAGAGGUAGCUAUGGAGGAAGAGGCAGAGGUGGAAGAGGCGGCGCUCAAAGUCAAAAUUGGAAUCAAGGUUAUGGCAAUUACUGGAACCAGGGUUAUGGGAAUCAAGGAUACGGCUAUCAGCAAGGUUAUGGUGGCUAUGGAGGCUAUGAUUAUUCAGGAUAUGGGUAUUAUGGAUAUGGACCAGGCUAUGAUUACAGUCAAGGCAGUGCAAAUUAUGGGAAGACACCAAGACGUGGUGGUCAUCAGAAUAACUACAAGCCAUAUUGAUCAAACUUAUUCAGGCCUGGCAGUGGUCACAGUUGAUGCCUACAAGCACUGGAUAUUCCACAAGUUGAAGACGGAAUACUGACUUGUUUACCUGAAGAUAAUAGGACUUCAGGGUAUUUCCUCAGAGAAAAUAUAAAUUUUAAUAUAAUUUCAUAAGCUUUGGAGGUUAGCUUGUCUUGUAGCUUCAGUGAUAUCAAACUUCUUCCAAGUAGGAGCUAGAUAGAAAGCUGUUUAGUUUUUGCCAGCGUAUGUAAAACAAGACUUUUCUAUCUGCAUUGUAGAUUGUUUGUGGACACUUCCAGAUUCUCGUGCUUUCUGCAGUCAUUCUGGGGACUGAACUCUCAUUGAUAUUGAAAGAAGUUCCGUGAACACGACAUGUGCAGGAAUUUGAGUGUAGAAGCCCCACAGCGUGGUUUGGAAUAGCGAACUGCUUUUAGUUUGGAGAUGACUGGGGGAGAUGGGAAGAACAACUGUACAUUAAGGGAACAAUUACAGAUCUUCCUGAUGACAUCAAUGAGAGAUUUGCCUUCAACCUUUCACAGAAAAUUUUUUAGCUUUAAUUUGGGAUAUUAAAGGGGUUUUUCAAAAGCACUAAAGGCCAGUGGAAGCUUGUUAGCUGCUCCUUAUGCCUUUAAAAACCCCUACACCAAAAGUGAUAGCUGAGAACAUGAAAUGGAAGUAAAUAAAAUACAUUUUCAUUGCUGUUUUGAGUUACAUAAUUGUUGUUUCUUGAUUUGUUAGUUGAUCUGAAUUUCACAUGGAUUUAAUGUGUAUGGUGACCAAGGAAACGGUGAGUAACUGGUAGAGAUGCCAAGUACAGCCACAAAGCCAGGGAUGUGUAGAUGUAGCUCCCGAGCAGCCAACGACAGUAACAAAUGCAUUGCCUCCAGCCCUGAGGCUGUGUCACCUCUCCUGAGCUUGGUGGCCAUUUCAGCAUUGCCCAGCACAGAGCACAGGCUCCCCUGACUCCAGGGAUUAGCUCAAGGACACCCAGAGCUGGUGACAGAUGAGAGCUCACAGACACCAGACAUGAGCCUACCUGUGUGGAGCACAAAGCACACUCCCACUGUUCUUCAGAAUAUCGGAGCAAGACCUCCAGCGCUAGGUCAGCUUGGACAGGGCAGGUUGCUCCUGCAUGGUCACAUCCCUCUCUCAAUCCCUCUCUGGCAGUAGCUGCAGUAAGAGCGGCAGUGAAGCAAGAACCUUAACAGAGAUUUUGGAUCUACGCAGUGCACCAAAAUUGCCUCCCUUCUGUAUUCUCUAAGAUCACGGCCAAAAGGAGCCAUGAGACCACGUUUGAUAUUAUGGUCAGGCUCUUAAUUUCACCUAAAACUCCUACGCAGAACCCAGCAACUUGUAUUGAGCUAAGUAUUUCCUCCAGACAUGAUCUGUUAAAUUAAAAAAAGCAUUCAGGUCUGGUUAGGAUUAACCAGUUUUACCAAUAAAAAUCCACAGCUUACUUUUUUGAGUUUGUGUGGCUUCAACUUCUACCCAUUGGAUGAAUAUUUGGAUAUCUUUUUCCGUCCAGUUUGAAAACUUGUUAAUACAAAGUAUCUCCUCCCUGUAAAGGAAUCUGGUUGCCUCCUGAUCUUCAUUGUAAGCUGAACAGAUUCGGCUGUAAGCCAUCUUCUUCCUCUUUGAAAUACUUUUUUUUUUUUAUGGCUCUCUGCUGCACAAUUGAUGUUUUUUCAACAUCUUAAAAAAUGUGAGCUGUGGAAUAGUUUGCAAAAAUUUUAAUUGAUCCCACAGUGGCAUAUGCAGAUAUCAAAAUAAUGAUUGUAUUCAUUACCCUGCUCUGCGUGGGAUGUGCCUAAAAAGAAAUAAUUUAACAAAAGAGUCGGAAAAGGUGAAGAGAAAUAAGACAACAAGAGUGCAGAAUUAGCUUACAGUUAAAACCAUGUAAACCAAGAAGAAAUAAAAAGCAAAUGUACUCCACAAACCAAGACAAUUAAAUACUCCAAACUCCCAUUUUCUGGGAACCCCAAAAGCAACAUUAUGUGCUCUGUUGUUUAGGAAGGAGCUUAAGCAAGAGCCUUCCCUGUCCUGCACCUCUCUGCGCUGAAAGUAUUGCCAGGUUUUUCUGGUUUGAAAUUCUGCAGUGGAGGCUUCCUGGGGAAUUUGUGUUCCACAGUAACCAAGUGCUUGCACAUCUUCAGGCACAGACCCCAGAACAGGACCCAGAGGUGCUUCCUCUUGAGGAAAAAAGUUUCUCUUGAUUGUAGAGGAAAUAACCACAGGCAGUCAAGGUUGUUCUGUUUAGCCCCAGAGCUGCUGUUUCCAUCACACACACAGCAGGUAGAGAUGGAUGGAGCUUGGCUUUGUUUCCUCUGCAGGUUGCAAAUCCCUCUCCUGUUUGACCAGACAGUAGACAGCAGCUUCUUUCAUUUUUAGGUCUGCAUCCUUCUUUUCUUUGUUUUCAGACAGGUUUUUUCACCCUUUUAAUGUGCAUGUGCAAUGCAAAUAUGAAGUUGAGAGCCAAAUUAGGACAGGGAUUUUGCCCUCCUUCAUGCAGUGAGGCACACGAGGCUGGCUCAGUGCUGUUAGUUCACACUGCAGCAUGAGCAGGGAGCACUGUUCAUCCCCAGCCACUGUCAUUGGUACCUUUAGCAAAUCCUGGUGUUACCAUGCACUGGUAUGGGUUUGGGAGCUUUACAUUAUUUUCCAAGUCCAUAAAUGUCAGAAUCCAGUAUAAAAAAAGGUCAAUAUAUUACUGUCAAAAGUUUUUUUUUUUUUUUUCCUUUUUUUAUACAAAAAUUAAAAAGAUCAAAAUAUAUCACAUUAUUUACAUAUUGUGCUUCAUGCUUAGAGAUCACUGAAAAAGAACACACAAACAAACACUUUAAUCAGAGAAAUGCUCCAUUCGUUACACUUACUAACAUUAUUAAUACUGUAAGGACUGGCAUUCAGAUUUAUUUUAAUAUUAACAGUACAUCCAAAGAAAUCACACAUAAUUAAAACCUUUAAUACACUAAGGGUGUACUCAUUCUAACUGAGGAUUUGCAACCAGUUAGUGACAUGCUGUUAACUGCAGCUGUGUCCACAUACCACAUGUUUACAGCUGGGUUAGUACUUCCACUCAGCUUCAGUGUCAUACUCUUGUUGGAGAAUGAGGGUUCUCCUACAAGUCUGGAUCAAAUCCUCAUCCUACAGGAGGACACAUCUCUCCUCAUUCUCCCAGGCUGCCAGUAGCACUUCCAAGCCCUGGCUGCUUGAGAUGCUACGAAUUACCUGAGCAGCUGCACCCAGGCUGCUGAUCCGAGCACUGAAGCAGUGCAGUGGUUCUGAGUUGUACAAUUACAAUGGCAGCAGAGUCUUUGUUAGAAAAAAAAAUGUUUGGAACUCUGCAACAGGGACAACCCAAAAAAAAAAUGUUUGGAACUCUGCAACAGGGACAACCCGCUGCUAACUUCUCAGCUGGGAGAGUAUGGACUAAGUCACACGAGCACGUGGUGCAGCCUUUCCAUGGGUGGUUCCCUAAGCUUCCUUGGCCAUAAUAAAAGCCCAAGCAAGCUUGUAAAAAGGCAUUCUGCUGACAGUGGUAGCAAUGAUUCGUCAUGCUUAGCAAGUUUUUGGUGUUCCCAGCACCAGUCUAGAGCUGUGGGGAACAAGACCUGAAGCUGCUGGAACCCUGCUCUCCCAAGGCAUAACAUCACAUCUGCCAGGCCUUUGAGAUGUUGCUUAAAGCAUGUGCAGCAGUGCAAUCACAGUGCAAAAUUACUCAGGACUUGUUCAAGGAUAUACAAUUAUUAAUGUUACUGUACCUUAUGCCAACAUCCUGCUACUGGCAGUCCGUCUGGUCCCUGCAAAAUUGAAUUUACAGAUUCAGCUUUCCUGACAGUGACUGAAGUGCCAGACCCAAAAACCCCAAGCUCAUUUGUCACAAUAAUGAACAGCUUAGCAGCACUGUUAAUUACCAUGCAAAACCCAUUUACUGUAUAUGCACAAAAAAUGAAUAUGCAGGCAAUGUAAUCCAUGUGUCACGCACAACACAAAAUUAAAUACACCUCAGGUUAAAAAAAAAAAAUUGAAAAUCUACACUUCUUUUCCUCUACACAAAGAAAACGUGUACAAAUACAAAGAUUUGAAAUCACAGUUCAUUAAGUUCAUAAUCUGCUUUAUAAGGUAGUGUUUUUUGCAAUCAGACAUAUAUAUGGAAAGCAUGAUGUGGGAAUGUAUUUUUUGUUAAAAAUGUGCUUUUCUGUUUGGGGGAGGUGAUGUAGGUAUUUUUUUCCUAGAUGGUAUCCUAAUUGUGUUAAAUUUGAUCCUGCAGUACUUAGUUUCUUUAAGAAAUCUUGAGUUGCUGAACUGAGAAUAGGAUGAGUUGUGGACUAUGCAAAGGGAGUGAAAAUAUUUGUCUUGUUCCACUGGAGAUACAAGAAGCGUAGAAAAAUGAGAAAGCCAGAAGAGCUCUCACUGACCAGGAGGAGACCACUGGGAAGGAAAGAGCCCCUUAGAAGAGGAACGAGCUAUGUAUGACCAGCUCUCUCAAGACACUUCAGAAGAAAUAGCUGACUUCAGCUGCCUUUCCUGAUGCUGGAUUUUUUAAAGGCUCUUGGAUCUCCGAUUACAUGAAUUUCUGCAUGCAGAGCCACAGAGAGCACACAGGCACUGACCCUUCUCUCAGAGCCACCUCCAGACUCACUAGGGGUGGGAAGAUGUGGAUGCAGCAGAGAGAACUGCUAGUGCAAAUACAGGUCAAAAUGCAAUUUUACAUUUUUUACUGUAAAUGUUAGUCAUCACAUUUUUUGUAUUCUGUAUUGAUUUUAUAUGUAAAAUAGCCUAUGCCCAAUAAAACAGAUGCAGUGAAGUAAGGUAA